CUAUGGCCAUUUGCAUCUUUACGCUUUAGUGUUUUUAUUUUGCAUUUCGCUUGUUUAAUUUUCCUGCGAAUAAUAUUAUUUUGUGAUCUUUGAUCUUCAGAUCAUGGGUAUUAUAAAAUUUUAUAAAGUACCUGGAUUGAAAUCAGGUCAACUUAAAACCAAGUUCAACAACAUCAGUCGAGUAUCAAAUUCAAUAACUGGACUAGAAAGUGAACUGUGUUAUUAUAUCGAGAUCAAGGAACCUUUAAACAAAGAAGAAUUAAAGCUGUUAAAAUGGAUCUUAAAUUCUCCAUUAGAGCAAAACAGUUUGAAGACUUGCAGCACGUUCGACGAGAAGUUAAACGAUAACUUGAUUGUUGAAAUUGGUCCGAGGUUGAAUUUCUCCACACCAUUCUCCAGCAAUGCUGUAUCAAUUUGUGAAUCUGUACAUGUACACAAAGUAACAAGAAUAGAAGCAGCAAUUAGAUAUUGUAUUAAGCAUAAUGGACCGAUUGAAAAAGAAGUUGAGAAUGCAAUAGUAGGAGCAUUGCAUGAUAAAAUGACCGAGUGCAGAUACUCGGUACCAAUAGAGUCAUUUGAUCAUGGCUUCAGACCUGAAAAAUGGUUUGAAGUGGAUGUGUUGAAAGGUGGACGAAAAUCAUUAGAAGAAGUGAAUGUAAAAUUAGGUUUGGCAUUUGACGAUUGGGACUUGAACUUUUACACAGACUUGUUUCUCAAUAAAUUGAAACGCAAUCCGACCAGCGUCGAGUGCUUUGAUUUGGCACAGUCCAACAGCGAACAUAGUCGUCAUUGGUUUUUCAAAGGUUGCAUGAUCGUCGAUGGCGAGGAGAUGGAAAAAUCGUUGCUCGACAUGAUCAUAGAAACGCAGGAGUAUUCCAAUCCAAACAAUACGAUUAAAUUUAGCGAUAAUAGCAGCGCGAUUAAGGGAUUUCAAGUAGAUGCACUUCGACCAAACGAAACGAAUAAAUGUAGUCCUUUCCGCUUAAAGAACGUAGAUCAAGAUCUUAUAUUUACCGCGGAGACUCACAAUUUUCCAACAGGUGUUGCUCCAUUUAGUGGAGCUACGACUGGAACCGGGGGAAGAUUAAGAGAUGUUCAAGGCAUAGGUAGAGGAGGAUAUUACAUUGCUGGAACUGCUGGCUAUUCUGUUGGUAAUCUGCACAUUCCAGGAUAUGAUUUGCCAUGGGAGGAGAAGAACGUAUCGUAUCCUACUAAUAUGGCCAGUCCAUUGGAAAUCAUAAUCGAAGCUAGCAAUGGCGCGUCCGAUUAUGGUAAUAAAUUUGGGGAACCAGUAGUAUCUGGUUUUGCUCGUUCUUUUGGUAUGACGGAUAAUGCAAAUGUGCGACGCGAAUGGAUCAAGCCUAUAAUGUUUAGCGGAGGACUGGGCACAAUGGAUGCUGAUAUGUCGCACAAAGUUACGCCACAAAAAGGUAUGGACGUCAUCAAAAUUGGUGGUCCAGUCUAUAGAAUUGGCGUGGGAGGUGGCGCGGCAAGUUCUAUCGAGGUGCAAGGCGAUAAUAAAUCGGAAUUAGAUUUUGGAGCAGUGCAACGAGGCGAUCCUGAAAUGGAACAGAAACUGAACCGAGUAGUUCGUGCCUGCACUGAAAUGGGACAAAAGAAUCCAAUACUCAGUAUACAUGACCAAGGAGCUGGAGGCAACGGUAACGUUAUAAAAGAGCUGGUGGAACCUGCCGGUGCAGUUAUCUUCACAAAGAAAUUCGAGUUAGGCGAUCCAAGCAUCAGCACCUUGGAAUUAUGGGGUGCCGAGUAUCAAGAAAAUGACGCGAUUUUGUGUAAACCGGAGGACAGGAACUUGCUGAAGGAAAUAGCAGCUCGAGAAAAAUGUCCGAUUAAUUUUGUGGGGACCGUUACGGGAAACGGAAACAUCAUUUUAUCGGAAGAGAACGAUUGCGAUGCACUGAAGUAUUUAAAUAAGGAUCGUAAAGAUAGUGUGAGACAUCCGGUUGAUUUAGACUUAGACUUAGUACUUGGCAAAAUGCCUCGUAAGACCUUUGAUCUUCAGAGGCAAGUGACACUGUUACCUCUUUUUUUACUGCCAGAAAAUUUGACUGUAUACUCUGCUUUGGAAAGGGUUCUACGUUUGCCUUCGGUAGGGAGCAAACGAUACUUGACUAACAAGGUAGAUCGUUGUGUUACAGGAUUGAUCGCGCAGCAACAGUGCGUUGGUCCUUUGCACACACCUCUAGCUGAUGUUGCCGUAGUUGCAGUUUCUCAUUUCACUACGGCUGGUAUAGCAACUUCUAUUGGGGAACAACCGAUAAAAGGCCUUGUGAAUCCAGCAGCUGGUGCUCGUAUGACCGUGGCAGAAGCUUUGAGUAACUUGGUCUUUGCACAUAUUUCGCACAUACAGGAUGUUAAAUGUAGUGGAAAUUGGAUGUGGGCUGCUAAAUUGCCAGGAGAAGGUGCUGCAUUGUACGAUGCGUGUUCCGCUAUGUGUUCGUUCAUGGGAGAACUUGGAAUUGCAAUCGACGGUGGAAAGGACUCUCUUAGCAUGGCUGCUCGAAUCGGUAAAGAUGUUGUUAAGGCGCCUGGAACACUGGUGGUUUCUUGCUACGCUCCUUGUCCUGAUAUUCGACAAGUGAUAACACCUGAUUUAAAAGCACCUGCGAUGGGGAAAAAUGGUUGUAUAUUGUUCGUUGAUUUAUCAAAUGGACAGAGUCGAAUCGGUGGCACAGCCUUGGCUCAAGUUUAUAAAUCUCUUGGCAAUGACGUUCCGGAUAUGCAAUGCGCCGAACUAUUGAAAAAUGCAUUUAACGCCACGCAACGUUUAAUUGCAGAGGGAAAAGUAUUAGCUGGCCAUGAUAUCAGCGAUGGUGGACUUAUCACUUGUCUCCUUGAAAUGUGUUUCGCUGGUAUUUCUGGAAUCACUGUUAACAUUUCUCACAAACUGGGAUCGCCCAUCGAAGUCUUAUUUGCCGAAGAAGUAGGGUGGAUAUUAGAAAUUGAUGAGAAAGAUCACAGUUACGCGUUGGAUGUGUUCAAACAAUUUAACACUCCUGUAUACUCGAUUGGUCGAUCAGGAAAUUUUGGAGUAUCAUCAAAAAUAAGUAUCAAAGUGCAAGAAGAGACGGUCCUGGAUUCAACAGUUUUAUCCUUAAUGUCUAUAUGGGAAGAAACUAGCUAUCAGUUGGAACGUCGACAAACAAAUGUUGAUUGCGCAUUGGAAGAGUUCAACGGAUUAAAAGACAGAACCACGCCGACUUACAAGUUAACAUUUGAUCUUGAUAUCAGACCGAUCAAGAUCCCAAGAAAUAUGUGUACAAACAUCGUGGUUGCCGUGAUAAGAGAGGAGGGUAUAAAUGGCGACAGAGAUAUGGUAGCACCAUUAAUGCAAGCAGGUUUCGAAGUUUGGGAUGUGACGAUGCAAGAUCUCUUAGACAAUAAAGUUACGUUUGAUAAAUUUAGGGGUGUGAUAUUUCCUGGUGGUUUCAGUUACGCGGACGUUCUCGGCUCUGCUAAAGGAUGGGCUGCAAGUCUUCUGUUCCAUUCUUCUCUGCAAAGCCAAUUAAAAGUGUUUCUUGCUCGUGAAGACACAUUCAGCUUAGGAGUAUGCAACGGGUGUCAACUAAUGUCUUUACUAGGAUGGAUUGGAAACGAGACGAGUGAUGUUACUGAACCGGACAUUUUCUUAGAUCAUAAUGUAUCAGAGAGAUUCGAGUGUCGAUGGAGCACCGUUAGAAUUGAUAAAUCACCGUCGAUUAUGUUAAGCGGAAUGGAAAACAGCGUUUUAGGUGUAUGGAUCGCUCACGGCGAAGGAAGAUUCACUUUCCGUACCAGCGAUACUUUAAAGAAACUGAAAGAAAAUCAUUGCCUGGCCAUAAAGUAUACAGAUGAUCACGGUAAUCCGACUGAACGAUAUCCUCUUAACCCUAAUGGAAGUACCGGUGGCAUUGCUGGAAUUUGUUCAACGAAUGGUCGACACUUGGCGAUGAUGCCACAUCCUGAGCGAUGCACGCAGAUGUGGCAAUGGCCUUGGAGACCAGCAGAUUGGGAUAAGUACACUCUUUCACCGUGGCAACGCAUUUUCGAUAACGCGUACGCCUGGUGCGUGUCUAAAAAUUAAUUCCGAUACAUUCCUAAUGUUUUCUACGUGGUAUAUAGGUUUGCGACGUUUAACAAGACGUAAUCGUAUAGAAUAUAAAAUUCUUUAUUUCCUACUUUCUUAACAAAGUAUGGUAACAUCGUGUUGUCAAGUAUUAUAAAAAAAAAUG